ACAGUCAAAAUGACUCUUCAGUGGACAGCUGUGGCUUUCUUCCUCUAUGCAGAGAUAGCAGUCAACCUUAUCCUGUGUAUACCCUUCAUCUCAGCAAAGAGAUGGCGUUCGGUUUUCGGUCUGAAAAUAUGGAAUUGGUUAUCUCCAUAUUGGAACAAAUGCUUCUUCACAAUGAUCAUGGUUCUUAUUGUUCUCUUCUUUGAUGCUGUCCGCGAGGUGCAGAAGUACUCUGGGCCUGAGAACAUGCAGGAUGCCAAGGUGAACCCAAAUGUGUACGACCACGUCCACAUGAAGCUGUUCAGAGCCCAGAGGAAUCUCUACAUAUCUGGCUUCUCUCUCUUCCUCUGGCUGAUCAUGCGGCGGGUUGUCACCUUGCUAAACCAGGUUGCUGUCACCUUGGAGGGCUCUGCAGGUCUUCAGGCGCAGAUGGACAGUGCUGUCAAAGCAACCAGGCAGCACCAGGAGGACAACCUGAUGCUCAAACAAGCUCUCCUGGAUGAAGAGAGGUCCAUGUCAGUGAAAAACCAGCGACUAAAGCUGGAGGCUGAGAAGCUGGCAGAACAAGUGAAGGUUGCUGAAGAGACUGUGCGCAAGUCUAAUGCUGAAGUCGAGGCCAUGAAGAGGCAGGCUAAAGGUCUGGCACAGGAGUAUGACAGACUAUUGAGGGAACACCAUCAACUUCAGAAUCCCCAGAGUGCUGCAGACAAAAAGGAUCAGUAACUCUGUGAAAGCUGAAACUCUUGUUUGUUAUAUUUCUUCCAUGGAAACCUUUUCUCCUCAAUUCUAGUGGAUGCAAGAGGCCACCAAAGGCUGUGCUUUUAAUCCUCCACAACUUUCAUUUUACAUUAAACUAAAGCAGAUUUGUUUUUAAAUGAUAGCAUCUAAUAAUCAUUUAUCAGUCAGAAGAACAAAAGCAUUAACAGUUCUCGUGUUGUAAAAACCUUCCUCCUAACGCCUUCAUCAUGAGCAGGAAAUAUGUCUGGACUUUACCUUUAAAUUGAUAUAAUAACAAAAAUAAAAGUGUACAAAUUAGUUGACAUUUUGUCUCAGGGUUUUAGACGUACAGUGCUAAUGCUAACAUUUGUACAGAAGCUAAAGAGCAAUUGUUUUACUCUGAGAUUCGCAAUGAGUUAUUCUUUUGAGUAUGACACGCUUCUUUUUUAACAGGUAGUAAAUUCAUACAGAAAAUGCUUGUGACCUCUCUUUCACUGACUUUGCCUUUUACAUUUAUUAAGCACCCUGGAGUGGUAGAAAACCCUCAUAACAUAUCAUUAGACUUUCUGUUGUAUGAGUUUAACUACAGGUAUUCUUGGCAUUCUGUAACUUGACAGUUUUUUCGUAUAUUGUAAAAGGCAUGAAAAUGAAAAAUAAACAA